UCGAGGCCCUCGGCUUCCCGGGCGGCUAGCGGCCCCCUGCUUCCCAACUGCCAGCUGAGUGCCUCAGUGCCCGAGAAGAGGGAAGAGGUUUGAAGAGGCACCAUGAGUCUCCUGUUCCUACUAGUGAGCAGCAUUCUGUUCGCCUUCAUGUUUGUCUUCUGGAAAACCUGGUUUCAGAGAAACACUGGUGAAAUGUCAUCAAAUUCAACUUCUCUUGCACUAAGAGAAGAUGAUGAAUCCCAACUUCCAUUUUAUUUGUUUCUUAUCCAUCAUCAAAAAUGGUCUUCUACUUGGGAAGAGAUUAACAACAAGGUUAAAAAACGUGAGGCCCAAGAAAAAUGAAGAACAAGCAGUGUUUGGGUACA